UUGACAGAAUCACCUUAACUUCCAUCAAUUAACGAUUUCUCGAUAUAGCUAUCCUACAGCGAUGAAAGCUAUUUUACUACUUUCGUUGCUUUUCUGCGCUGUUUCGGCAUGGGUGACAUAUGUGCCAAAUUACGUCGACAACAAACCUCCAUGGUGCGAGUUCUGCAUAGAUCUCGCCGAGAAGCUGAAAAAUGCGCUUCUAGGGGGUGAAGACCUGAAGAAGGUUGCCCAUAAUUUCUGUAAAGAAAAAAUGCCAUCAUCUUUUAUAGAAGUAUGUCAUAUAACUGUCGAUAAGUACUGGGAUAAAGUCGUGGAAUCAAUAGAGGAGAACACUAAUUUCAUCAAGAUUUGCAUUGAUAUCUGCUAAGUAACUUCAAUUACGUGGU